AUUGACUCAGAUGCGAAUAAAUAGAACAGUAUGAUAAAAACCAGAUAAACUGCUAGGGUGGAUGGGAGAGAUUGAGAGGAGAAGCAGAUCCAACCCGGCUGGAAUACAUAGCUGGAAUCACGUGUAAAAGAGUGUGACCUUGAAGCUGAAAUAUUUUCCUACGACUUUGCUCAGAUUUCCACCAGAAGUUCUGAAUUCUUACUCCAUUUACCCCUGUGGUACGGAGUCCUGCAUACCGUCAAUGUGCUCGUAGUCUCAGACUGUGUAAGAAGUGAGCCUGCUGCAUCCCCAACUCCACCACCAUCCCCCCCCCUUCGUAUCGACAUCCCCGGAUCCAACACCAUUCUUACUGCUCGCAUAAAGCAGCUUACACCACCGACCAAACAUGCAUCCAAUCUUCCACCUUCUUUUUGUCCUCCCCUCUGCCGCAGCCACCUCCCAACUCCCUCUUCGCGGUACAACCACCACCCCCAAAGACGGCUAUGCAGGAAACCCCGUUUUCCCCGGCUGGUACGCAGACCCGGAAGCACGCAUCUUCAACCGCCAGUACUGGAUAUAUCCGACGUAUUCGGCCGCCUAUGAAGACCAAACCUUCUUCGACGCCUUCUCCUCCCCCGAUCUGCUCACCUGGACCAAACAUCCGUCCGUCUUGAACUUCUCCACCAUCCCAUGGUCCACCGACCGGGCCGCCUGGGCGCCAUCCGUGGCGCGUCGUCGGCAACGGCGCCGCUCCACUAGUCCCCAGAACAGGGGCCCCACGGUCCCGAAGCACCAGGAACCAGGGUCUACUCCUACCCCUACCGCAGACGAGCAUGAGCAUGAGCAUGACUAUGACUAUGACUAUGACUAUGACUACUUUAUGUAUUUCUCUGCCGGCGACGGCGCAGGCAUUGGCGUCGCAAAAUCAGCCACGGGCCGACCGGAGGGCCCCUUUAUUGACGCCCUGGGAACCCCACUAGUGGGGGAGACGACGAUUUCCGGCGCGGAGCCGAUCGACGCGCAGCUCUUCCAAGACGACGACGACGGCCGCGUGUGGCUGUAUUUUGGCGGGUGGAGCCAUGCGGUUGUAGUCGAGUUGAAUGAUGACAUGGUGAGCUUGAAAGGCGCGUACUUGGAGAUCACGCCGAAGGAUUACGUUGAGGGGCCGUGGAUGUUGAAGCGCAACGGGGUGUAUUAUUUCAUGUAUAGUGUUGGCGGAUGGGGCGAUAAUUCCUACGGCGUGAGUUAUGUCACUGCGGCCUCUCCGACUGGUCCCUUCUCUAGUACUCCGACCAAGAUCCUGUCGGGCAACGACGACGUCGGCACCGGGACAGGCCACAAUAGUGUUUUCACCCCCGAUGGCGAGAACUACUAUAUCGUCUAUCAUCGACGCUACCUGAACGAUACCGCUCGUGACCAUCGUAUAGUCUGUAUCGAUCGCAUGGAGUUCGACUUGGAUGGGAACAUCCUCCCAGUGAAUAUCACGAUUGAAGGAGUCAAAGGAAGACUAUUAUUACCCUGACCGACUUGAGCAUACUAAGCUGGGGUUUUGGUAAAAUUCUGGCUUUCGUAUUCUGAAUCCGUAUAGCUGUAUUUUCUUUAUAGUAGCCCCGAGCCUUGCUUUGCUCAGGAUGAAUGAAUGCCCUGCAUGUACUCCGUAUGCACCUUUUGUUUUCCACAGCACC